AAAUCUCUCCUUGCUCUCUUUUGCAGGUUUUCUCCAAAAUUUUCAGCCAUGAGGCACUGGAGAGCUAUCUGCCCAAGAUCCAGCUGGUCAUCAAAGACACCCUUCGGGCCUGGAGCAGCAACCCCGAGUCCAUCAACGUCUACCACGAGACCCAGAAGCUCACCUUCCGCAUGGCCAUUCGUGUCCUGCUGGGCUUCCGCAUCCCUGAUGAGGAACUCAGCCGCCUCUUUGAGGUCUACCAGCAGUUCGUGGAGAAUGUCUUCUCCUUGCCCGUGGAUCUGCCCUUCAGCGGCUACAGGAGGGGCAUCCGGGCACGUGAGACACUGCAGAAGGGGCUGGAGAAAGCCAUCCAGGAGAAACUGCAGAACACGCAGGGUAAGGACUACGCCGAUGCGCUGGACAUCCUGAUAGAGAGCGGCAAAGAGCAUGGCAAGGAGCUAACCAUGCAGGAGCUGAAGGAUGGCACCCUGGAGCUCAUCUUCGCCGCCUACGCCACCACCGCCAGCGCCAGCACCUCUCUGAUCAUGCAGCUGCUCAAACACCCCCGAGUCCUAGAGAAGCUGCGGGAAGAGCUGCGCAGCAAGGGCAUCCUCCACAACGGCUGCAUCUGUGAGGGGUCCCUCCGGCUCGAUAACAUCAACAGCCUCCACUACCUGGACUGCGUCAUCAAGGAGGUUCUUCGGCUCUUCACCCCCAUCUCCGGGGGGUACCGGACGGUGCUGCAAACCUUUGAGCUGGAUGGUUUCCAAAUCCCCAAAGGCUGGAGCGUGAUGUACAGCAUCCGGGACACCCAUGACACUGCCCCUGUCUUCAAGGAUGUGGACAUCUUUGACCCUGAGCGCUUCGGGCAGGGUCGAAGUGAAGACAAGGAUGGCAGGUUCCACUACCUCCCCUUCGGAGGAGGCGUACGGACCUGUCUGGGCAAGCACCUGGCCAAACUCUUCCUCAAGGCGCUGGCCAUCGAGUUGGCCAGCCCCAGUCGCUUCGAGCUCGCCACCAGGACUUUCCCCAAAAUCACCCUGGUGCCCGUGGUCCACCCGGUCGACGGACUCAAGGUCAAAUUUUUUGGACUGGAUUCCAACCAGAAUGAGAUCCUGACGGGGACAGAUGCCAUGCUGGGGGCGACUGUGUAA